UAAAAAAAAUUCGCGAUAAGUUUUUCUUUUUUUAUUUGUUCUUUACCAUGUCCUCACAAAAGAAACCUGCUGUUAAGAAACAAUCGAAAUUAAAUUUCUUUGGCGCUAAGCCUAAAACUGCGGAAGUGGAGGAGCAGAAAAAGAGAAAGAGAGCAGUUAUUAGUGAUUCAGAAGAAGAAGAAGAAGUAACCGAAGAGAAAAAACCAAAGAUCGGAGAGCAACAUGAGGAUAUGGACAUGACGACUCAGAAAGAGGAAUCAAAGCCAGAUAUUGACAUGUCGAGCCAACAAGAGGAUAUGAGUAAAAAAAUUGAAGCCAUGGACGUCUCUUCUCAAACAUUAAAAGAAAAUGAAGCCUUUGAUAAAGAAAUUGAGGAAGCUGCAGAGGAAGAAAAGGAAGCUAAAAAGGAAAAAAUGGAAAUGAUGAGUAUUAUCCAUACAAUUGCUUCUUCUGAUACAAAGGAUAUUGGUUUAGAAUGGAAAGCUGGAACAGCUGUUCCUUAUGAAGUAUUAUGCAAAACCUUUGAAAAAUGUGAGAAUACCACCAAACGAUUAGAGAUUACGGAAAAUUUGGUUCAGUUAUUUGUCAAGGUGAUUCGACUUACACCCGAUGGAUUACUUGAACUUUUAUACAUGUGUAUCAACAAAUUAUGCCCGGAUUAUGAAGGACUUGAACUCGGUAUUGGAGAAUCCUUAUUAAUCAAGGCCAUUGCACAAUCCACUGGUCGCGAGAUUAAAACGAUCAAGGCGGAAUAUGUCAAGUGUGGUGAUCUGGGUACUGUCGCUAGAGAUAGUAAAGGAUCUCAAAAAACCUUGUUCAAACCUAAACCUUUGACCGUCUCACAUGUAUUUCGUACUUUGAAAGCAGUAGCCCAAAUCUCGGGUAACUCAUCUCAAUCGAAAAAGAUUGAUAAAAUCAGAGGUCUUUUGGUCGCUUGUAAGGAUGAAGAAGCUAAAUUUAUCAUUCGUCAUUUGGAGGGAAAGCUUCGUAUUGGUUUAGCCGAACAGACUGUACUUUCUGCUUUAGCUCAAUCUGUGGUUCUCAGUGAUCCUAAAAACAAAAAGAUCUCUACAGCCAAGAAGGAGGAAUUGUUAGCAAAGGCGACUGAAACAGUGAAAUAUGUAUACAAUCAAUUACCUUCGUAUGAUAUGAUUAUACCUGCCUUGUUAAAGUGUCCCUUGGAUAAAUUACUUGAACAGUGUACAAUGCGACCUGGUAUUCCUUUGAAGCCCAUGUUGGCUCAUCCAACCAAGAGUUUGACCGAAGUUCUGAAUAGAUUUGAAGGACAAACAUUUACAUGCGAGUUCAAAUAUGAUGGUGAACGUGCACAAAUUCAUCGUCUUGAGGAUGGUACGAUUAAUGUCUAUAGUCGUAAUUCUGAAAACAUGUCCGAGAGAUAUCCUGAUAUUAUGACCGCUAUAAACAAGUGGAUUAAACCAUCCACAACAUCAUUUAUAUUGGAUUGUGAAGCAGUGGCAUGGGAUAAAGUAGCUGGACAGAUUUUACCUUUCCAGGUGUUAAGUACACGUAAACGUAAAGAUGUCAAGGAAGAGGAUAUUACCGUCCGGGUAGCUGUGUUUGCAUUUGAUUGUUUAUACUUGAACGGAAAAUCUUUAUUACAAGAUUCUUUAGCGGUGCGUCGAGAGAAAUUAAAUGAUGCCUUCCAAGAGACAAAGGAUGAAUUUUAUUUCGCCACUCAUAUGGAUUCCAACAACAUUGAGGAUAUUCAAACCUUUUUGGAUGUUUCAAUUACAAGCAAUUGUGAGGGUUUGAUGGUGAAAUCAUUUGAUAGUAAAGAGGCAACGUAUGAGCCUUCCAAAAGAUCUCGUAAUUGGCUCAAGGUAAAGAAGGAUUAUUUAAGUGGUGGUGUAGGAGAUUCGAUGGAUUUGGUAGUGAUUGGUGCAUAUUAUGGUCGUGGUAAACGUACAAGUGUCUAUGGUGCAUUUUUAUUAGCCUGUUACGAUCCAGAGACUGAGGAAUAUCAGACGAUUUGUAAGAUUGGUACAGGUUUCUCAGACGAAAAUUUACAAUUGUUCCAUGAUACGUUGAAAGCACAUGUCAUUGAGGCACCCAAGCGAUUUUACUGUAUUGGAGAGAAUGGAGCCAAACCUGAUGUUUGGUUUGACCCUAAAGUGGUAUGGGAAGUGAAAUGUGCUGAUCUUAGUGUGAGUCCGAAAUAUAUGGCAGGUGUAGGUCGUGUGGACCCUAACAAGGGUAUCUCACUUCGUUUCCCUCGUUUCAUCCGACUUCGUGAUGAUAAAGAUCCCGAAGACGCUACAUCCAGUGAACAAAUAUCUCAAUUUUAUCUAGAUCAAGCCAAUUUACAAGGAUCAAGUAAUACAAAGGACAUGGACUAUUAAUUAAAAGAAUAAAACCCAUUUCCAUAGUUAUAUGAUUAAAAAAAAUUACUGUACAAUACUUCCACC